GGAAGCUUCAGAUGUGAGUGCCAUUCUGGAUUCAUGUUAAACAGAGACAGGAAGAGCUGUCAAGAUGUAGAUGAGUGCACAGUCGGUAGCCAUUUUUGUGAUGAUAUUUGUCAUAACACGCUGGGUAGCUUCACCUGUCAUUGCAAAUCAGGAUACAGACUAAUGGCUGACCUCAAAACAUGUCUAGAUGUCGACGAGUGCACAGAGCCUGGCCAUGGCUGUUCGCAGCUGUGUAAUAAUACGAUGGGAGGUUACAAUUGUUACUGCCUGAGGGGCUACUGGCUGAAAAAAGACAACAAAACAUGCGCGGAUCAUCACGUCAUGUUAGACAGCUCCAAACCGACCACACUCUCAGCUGGCAUGGUAGCGUUCGUGGCGAUUGCGUCUGUCAGUGUGUUGAUCGUUAUCGGUACUGUGGUAUGCGUAAUUCGUUACAGAAGGAGUGCACGGUUAAGAGACAGUGACAUGCUAGAGGGGGAAAAGAAAUCCUUGUUCUCUUGGAUGGAGUGACAUGUUCUGGUCUUUUUAAGACUUGUUGUGACGUGUUUGUUUUAUUUUUUUAUCAUGUUAUUGCUGAUGAAAUAACCGAAUGAAAUUGAAUGGAAAGCUGAACUUCUCGGUGAAGAAAAUUUAUUUUUGUAAUAGAGUUUUGUAUUUACUUUUUUAACUAGUUUAAAAACUGUUUUUUAAUAAAAUUAUAUUUC